UACGAGGCGACUAUUAUCCACGGGUAUCCGAAAAUCACAGAUUGGGAAUGUAGUUUCAAAACCUCUCUUCAAAUGGAUAUGGGUCGGGUACGGGUUUUGAUUUUGGAAAAUGAGGAUGAAGAUGGUUUAGAGAGAUUCCGACCCAUUUUCAUCCAACAGCGGAGUAGAUGAGUCAUUUCCAUCGGUAAACAUAACAACAAGAAGAAGAAUGAAGUGGCACAAAAAUUAGAAUUUAGGAUUUGGUUGUGCGACUGUGAUGGUUGUGAUAACAUACUAAGUUUGACUGUGGUGAGUAUUAUUAAGUCAUAAAGGAGAUAUAUACAAUUGCAUAAUACAACAAAAAAAUGAGUAAACAUUAGUUACAAACAUUAUAAGAAUUACGUGGUAUAACUACGCCUUAUUUCUAACACUAGGGUGUAUCCGUUAUAUUGGAUUUUAUAUUAUUCAUGUUUAUAGUCAAAAAUUUUAAGGUCAUUGAGUUGAUUACACAAUAAGUACUUUUUCAUUAUGAAUUACGGGUAUUCAAAAAAAGGUCAAAGUAUAGGAAAGAAAUCAUAGUUUACGGUCAUACACCCAAUUUCAAUUAGUCACAAUAGUGUAUAGUGAACUCCUUCAAGGUAAGCUAGCUUAGUGUUAGGGUAUAAGUUGAGAUCAUUUACAUUAAGAACUUAUAACUAUUUUGUUGAGAAUUUAUUUGACAAAUUAACUAUAAUGGGUCAAUGUUUCAUGACAUGCAUUAAGAUAACAAAAUACGUUUCGAAUAAUAAACUACAACAAUAUAAAAUACUAAAAAAUCCAAUUAAUCAUUAUAAUUAUUGAUAAAUGCAAAUGAUAAACAAAACUCAUCUGGCCAAGGGGCCGGGUACAAGGUUGGUUGUUUUAUAAGGGAUAACUAUCUUGUUUUUAUAAAUGUAUAUUUUGAGAUAGAAAAAUACUACAAAAUACAGGGUAAUUUCCUUUUGCUUUUGAAACAUGUAUUUUCAAUAUGAUUUUAUCAAUUUAUUUAUCGAAUUAAUAGUAUAUAUCAUUAUCUUUUUUGGCUUUGCCCCAGUUGGUAAUUGAAGUAAAAGUGAUUCAAAUAGAGAAUGCAUAGUUAUCGCAGAGAGUUCAAUAUCAAAGAUUAAAAUUGAUCAGACGCGAUGAGAUAUCAAUGACAAUGAUAAGCUAAGAUAAAAAUUAAGAAAAUCAAGAUGGAGAAUGGCGUCAUCGCAGGCAUGGUAGGGUGUGGGCUAAUCAAGUCCAUCGUCUCCAUCUCCUCCUAUUUGAUGCACGAUUUCAAAGACGGGCCAUCUCAUCCUAAUGUCUCCGCGGUCCAUGGUUCUUAGCCAAGCUGUUGGCAUCGUCAUAGGCUGUUUUGUAGCCCACUCACGUUCUUCAUGUUCUACAAGGCCUACAACGUUGGGGACCCGAACAACGAGUACAAGGCUCCCUACGCUCUAAUAUACAGGAACAUGGCGGUCUUGGGAGUUGAAGGCUCUCUGCCCUACCCCACCACUGCAUGCUUCUAUGUUGGGUGUUCUUUGGGCUCGCCAUCGUGGUCAACAGAAAUUCGCGUAACACAAAUGACGCAAACCCCUAAUUCGUUGGAAUAUUUUUGUGUUUAUUGAAAGUACGUAAUAUAAAUGGCACUUUCGCUAAAGGAUGGUAUUUCCAAUGAUAUUAUUCCUUAAUUAACCAAUAAUAAGGGAGCAAAUGAAAGCUAAGGACUAAUCAGGGAGGUUAGGUUGGUCUCUAUUUUAUUGGGUUAUAAUUAUGACAAGUGAGUUGUAUGUACAAGACCACGACCAGUUAUUUAAUUACCCUGAUGACUCGAUUAAUUAACAUGAUAGGAUUAGUAUAAUAAUGCUUUGUUUUUGCUGUUCAAACUUGUCGUGGUGGUGCAGGAAGCAACUCCGAGGGUUCUUUAAGUUCUUUUCUUUUAGCUUCAUGUGGGCUUGCUUUCAGUGGUUCUAUAGUGGUGCACCAGAUUCAAAAAUCCUAUGUGGGUUUGUUCAGUUCCCCACACUUGGAUUGGCCGCCUUUAAAAAUACAUGAGUAAUAAUAUCCUUCUUUUGAUCUCUAAUCGUAAAUCAUUGGUUCCAAUGGGAAAUUGAUUCAUCUAGCUAGCUAAUUAUAUGUUCUUUUGCAGCUUCUAUUUCAAUUUCAGCAUGACAUACAUUGGAGCGGGGAUGAUAUGCUCCCACCUUGUCAACCUGUCACUGCUUUUCGGUGCUGUUGUCUUUUGCGAUGUAAUGUGGCCCCUUAUUGGUGGGAAGAAAGGAGACUGGUUUCCUUCCUAGUUACCAGAAAGUAGCAUGAAGAGCCUGAAUGGCUACAAGGUCAGCAAUUCCCCUCAUUUGCAAAAGAAGCUUGAUUUAGCCAUGACGACGACUAACUUCUGUCUUCUUUUUGUUCAGGUGUUCAUUUCUAUUGCUUUGUUACUAGGAGAUGGGCUUUACAGUUUUGUGAAGGUACUCUGUUGAAGAACUCCGAAGAAAUGAAGUAUUUAUGAGGGAGACGAUACCAGCUUGGGUACCCUGUGUAGGAUAUCUUGCCUUCUCCAUCGUCUUCGUCGUGGUUAUCCCUCUCAUGUUCCCCCAGGUCAAAUGGUACUAUGUAGCCGUCGCCUACAUUCUGGCUCCCGCCCUCAGCUUCUGCAACGCAUACGGCGCCGGUCUAACAGACAUGAAUAUGGCCUACAACUACGGCAAAGUAGCCCUCUUUGUACUUGCAGCACUCUCAGGGACCGAUUUGUAUGGGUUUCACCCCUAGUAAAGAGGAGGUUUGGGAAAAGGGGGGAAGGAUGAAGAGGAAGAUGAAAGGUUGAGCCAGCAGUAGUGUUAUGUUUCUCAAUGACAUUUUACUACCAUGGUGGAUUCUGCCCACACCCAGCCCUUUUUCUAUGCUUUAAUAUUGUCUAUCUAACAAACAACUGGGACAAUUUUCUUCUCUCAACUCUCUCAAUGAUGGAGUAGAUUGAUAUAAUAGGAAGGAUUUUUUUAUGUUUUUAGAAAGGAAGUUGGAAUCUUGGUAGGAAGAAUGUGAACUUCCUUCACAUUUCUAUAAUAGGAAGGAUGUUUCAGAAAAAGUGAGGGGAGAGAAUGUAAAAUACGCAUGACUCACCUACUGCCAGUGAGAGUUGGUGCUUCAUGGAACCCGCACAUGUAUCUUUCUUUAUUUAUUUAGUUUGGAGAGUUGAUAUCAACCUCAACCAAUAUAUAUACAGUAGUGCAGCUAUGGAGUUUGCCACAUCAGCUGCUUGCAAGCAACCCAUAAUUUUAGGAAGGGCAUUAGUGUCAUUGAAUACAUCUUGAUUUAAAGCCCCUGAAAAAGGACCCGCAGCCAGCCAGCCCACACAUUGAUGACAAAUUGGGCUGCCCAAUUUGGCCCGCUUUCGACCCCUAAACAAGUACCCUGUGCUAUAUACACAAAUGGAAAAUUGGGCCGCAGCUUUGCUCCUCCCGCUCUCCUCUAAACAAAUUUUCCACAAACCCAAAUAGCAGCGGCCCAGCUACGAAUCUCCAGCAGCGGUACGACCCUAAUUGCCGCCAGACACUCCUAUUCACCGACUCAUAGGAAUGGCAAUGGGGCAGGUCCGGGCCAGGUAUCUCGAUACCCAUACCCGCCUCGUGGCAGGUCGGGUACAGGUCGGGUAAUUUAUCAUGGGGCGCGGGUCGGGGCACGUAAUGGUUGCUAACCGAGUACUAAAUCGAAUUUUGCCAACUAUGUUUAUCAAGUACGGAAUGCAUAGAUGAUUAGCCUUAAUGCUAACAUUCUGAUGUGUUAAAUGUGCGAUAAUACAUAUAUGUGCUAACUAUAUCUCAAAAAAUAAAACCCAAAAUUGUAUAUUAUUCGGGAGAUCGGGCCCUGCCCCCUGAUAAUUAAAGGUAAAUUUCUUAUUAUUUAAAAUCUUUUACCCUAAUAAUUAGUUCCUUAAAUAAUUAGUUCCAACACACUGCUGCAACCUUAAAGAUGAAAACUACAUCACCCUACUAAUCAAUAGUGAUUCUUAGGAAUUGCAAAACAAAUCUGAUCCGCUAAAUUUUGUUCAAUUUGACUCGUAUUGAAGUAGAUUUAUCUGACUUGCCGCUGAACAAGACGAAUCGUGCCCCAAUCCAUGAAAAGAACAAAGCGAAUAUGAGUGACUCUACCGCCCGCCCCGCCCCCUUAACUUAUGUAUUUCCAUUGCUUUUACCCUAGCUUUUCCAACUCCAAUAAGAUUUAUUUAAUUGCAUGCACAAAGAAAGACAGAGAAGAUAAACCUGGUAGAUAGAAAUGAUCAAUUAAUUAAGAAGAUAGAGAAGAUAAACGCUUCAGUUAUAAAGGUCAAUUCUUCUUCACAAUUACAAACCUCUGUUCUCAUCCUUACUUAAUAUUAUAGGGAUUCAAAACAAAAUUAGUGCCACAUAGGCACAUAGCUAACUCUCAAUAAUCCACGGUGGACUCUACUAAUUUCUCUUUUUUUUUUUACAAAUGUGGGCUCUUUUAUUUAUAAUUAAUGAUCUUUUUUCUUACACUUAAAUAUAUAAUCAUUAUCUCAACCAUCCAAGGGGACUCUUCUAAUUCCUUUUUUUUUUUUUUACAAAUGUGGGCUCUUCUUAUUGUAAUCGGUAUUCUUUUUUUGCUUACACUUUAAAUACAUUAUUAUUAUCAAUAAAAUGUAAAUUAAGAAAAGAACAAUGUUUAA